AUGGAGCGCCUCCUGGAGCGUGUGGAGAAAGACCUGGGCAUCGACCGCAGCCAGCUGACUGCAGCCCCGGAGGGCGCUCAUGUGGUCGCUUUGGUGCAUGCCAAGUGGCUGUCGAGCCUGAAGGAGCGGGGGGUGCUGCCUAGCCUGUGCCCGCGCCCCGAGGGCCUCAGCGAGGCAGAGGUGGGCACCUGUUUCCAGCGCUCGGUGCAGAAGUUGCCCCCUGGCUGGACCAGGGUGGAGGUGCACGGACUGAGGAAAGACCGGCUGCGCUACCCACUGGCCACGGCACAUGGCGCGCACUACGAUCCCAAGGGGCGGCCGGAGACCCUGCACAGGUUCAUGCAGAACGUGGCUUCGCAGAACUACCGGAACUUGUGGGGCCGGGCCCACCGCUUGUAUGUGCAGCCCUACGGCCAUGGCCACAAUCCGCCCGUCGCCCCGGUUUUGGAGGUGCUUUGUGCCGCCCUCCAGAAACUCUACGGCUGCCCCUUAGUGCAGGUGGGACGGGGCGUGUCCUGCCCCUCUCCUGCUAAAGAGUGGGGCUCGCCCAGCAGGGGCUGGCAGCCCGGCCCCAGCAUCCUCCCCGCAGAAGCGCUGCUGGAGUCCUCCGAGAUGCUCUACAUUCUCUUCCCCUACAUGCAGUACUCCCUCCACGACAUCGCCACCUUCAGCCCCGCCAAGCUCUUCAACAGCCACGCCAAGCUCCUUUUCAUCCUCUUCCAGAUCCUGCAGGCCAUGCAGGCUUGCCACGGGGCCGGCCUGGCAUGCGGGGCCUUCUCCUUGCACGAAGUGGCCGUGGACGAGAAGCUGUGUGCUCAACUCCGGGUUCGCCUGCAGGAUUACAUGCGAGCGCCGGAGGAAGAGGGGAAGGAUGCGGCAGGAGGCGGUGCCAGCAGGGGCCCGGGGGCUGUGGAAGACAGCCCUGGGGGGAAACCGGCAGCCCCCUUGGAGGGACUUGGGGGUCUCAUGCUGGACUGGGUGAAUGGCCGGCUCAGCAACUUUGACUAUCUCAUGCACCUCAACCGCUUGGCUGGGCGGCGGGUGGGCGACCCCAACUACCACCCGGUUCUCCCAUGGGUGGUGGAUUUCACCACCAAAAAUGGCAGGUUCCGGGACCUGCGGAAGUCCAAAUUCCGCCUCAACAAGGGGGACAAGCAGCUCGACUUCACCUACGAGAUGACCAAGCAGGCCUUUGUGGCCGGAGGGGGCCUGGGGGGGGAGCAGCCCCACGUCCCUCACCACAUAUCGGACGUCCUUUCAGACAUCACCUACUACGUCUACACGGCCCGGCGGACUCCCAAAGCGGUGCUCUGUUCCCACGUGAGGUCGCAGUGGGAGCCUAACGAGUACCCGGCCAACAUGGAGCGCAUGCAGGCCUGGACCCCGGACGAAUGCAUCCCCGAAUUCUACUCAGACCCCACCAUCUUCAGGUCCAUCCACCCGGACAUGUCGGACCUGGAAGUGCCGGCUUGGUGCCACUCCGGCGAGGAAUUCGUGGCGGCCCACCGGGCUCUGCUGGAAAGCUGGGAGGUGUCGCAGGACCUCCACCACUGGGUCGACCUGACGUUCGGCUACAAGUUGGUGGGGAAGGACGCGGUCCGGGAGAAGAACGUCUGCCUCCACCUAGUGGACAACCACACUCACCUGACCAGCUACGGGGUGGUGCAGCUCUUCAACCAGCCCCACCCCAGGCGCUUGGUGGGGCCUCUGCUCCUCCCAGCCGAAGCCCCCUUGGCUGUGAAGCCUCUCAUCCCCCCUGUGGAGGAGGCCAGGGUCCUGGAGGACCUUAAGGACCACCUGGCCGACGGAGCUGGGGGGCUUUUCUUGGAGGUGGAGCAAGGGGCCGAGGCCCUGGAGGCCAUUCCUGCCGCUGGCAGAGGGGCGGAGCCGCCCUCUCCCAGCGUACUUUCCGCCCCGCUUCCUGGGGCCCCUGCCGAGGGCAAGCAUUCUGGCCGGAGGGCCAAGGCCCCCCCACAAGCGGAAGGGGCGGAGGCGAAGAUUGUGCUUCCAGAGGGCUGCAAUGUGCUGCAGGCCUUGGAGGAGCUGGAGCGGCUGGACGCUUUUGUCCUUAAAGGCUUGCACGGGAAGCUGCCUGAGCCGGAGCAGGCCCAACCCACGGUGCCAUUGGGGCUCUUGGCCCUGUUUCAAAGAGACAUGCAGGCCCUGGGGGUCCUGGUGACCGAGAUAAUCUUCGCACCCAAGCUGCGGGCCUUGAAGCCUGGCGCCACCUUGCGGGAGCGCUUCCAGGUGGCCCGGCGGCUCUGCCGGUAUCACCCGAAGGAGGUCCCGGCCCCGCUCCAGCAUCUGCUGGAAACAUUGCUGAGGCUGAGUGUCCCGGACAGCCAGUUUUUGGGGGAGCCGGCGGGCUCGGGGGAGGCCCCACUGUUUGCCUACGAGCCCGUCUGGCAAGGCCUCCCGCCCCCCUGCCCUUCGCAGUUGCUGAGCCCUUUUGGGGCAGUCCUGCCCUUCCCACCGUACUUCCCGGCGCUGCACAAGUUCAUUUUCACCUACCUGUCAAGGAGGGCCGAGGAUGAGGGGCAAGGGCGGGAGCUGGUCUUCCAGCUGUGGCGGCAGCUGGAGGGGGUGCUUCAGGACAACACCCCCGAGGGCCUGGAGAUCCUUUUGCCUUUCGUCCUGGCGCUGCUGUCGGAAGAGAAGACAGCUGUCCACGCCGCCUGGUACCUCUUCGAGCCCAUAGCCAAGGCCCUGGGCCCCAAGAACUCCCACAAGUACCUGCUGAAGCUCCUGAUCGCCGCCUACGAGAGCCCCCACGGCCUGCACGGCCGCUUCUACCUCUACGCCGAUUGCUUCAUCGCCCAGCUGAUGGCGCGCCUGGGCCUGCAGCCAUUCCUCUCCCACCUGCUGCCCCACAUCCUGCAAGUCCUGGUGGGGGUGGAGGGCUCUGCCCAGGAGGAGGGUGGGGCUCUGCUGCUGGGCACGGCAGAGGACGACGAGAGCGGGGAAGGCAGCCCCGUGCCUGGCUCCUUCGGGGAGGAGAUCAAGGCCGACGCUGAACGGGGCUCGGGGGGGCUGGAGCUGCUGGACUACAUGUCCGGCGUCAGCUUGCACGACCAGGGUUACCUGCCGGAGGGCGAAGACUUCCAGAACGGCCUGUACGUGGCUGAGGGCCUGCAGGAGCCGGAGUCCCUGAGCCUGGGGCACCUGAGCGAUAAGAGCAGCGCCAGCGAGGUCUCCCUGGGGGAGGACCGGCCGGCGGCGGACGGGGAGUCCCUGAAGGAGAAGGUCAGCCUGGAGUCCCUGGACAGCAAUCAGGACCUGAAGCACAGCGAAGAGGAGGAUGAGCAGGGUCAGCGGGACCGGGAGGAAGACCAGGACGAGGCCCCCUUGGUCGUCGAGCUGCCGGCGUGCAUGGAAGCCAGCCUAGCUGAGGAGGAGGAAGAGGAGGAGGAGGAAGACGGGUCAGAGCAGGACUUGCCUGUCCACGACGGAGAUAAGGAGCAGACAAUCUUGCUGGACACCGCCAGCAAGACGGUGAGGUGGCUCUCAGCCAAAUUGGGCCCCACCACAACCUGCCGAUACAUUGCCAGGAACCUCCUCCGGCUGCUGACCUCUUGCUACGUUGGUCCCCACAGGCAGCAGUUUGUGGCUGGCCCGGAAGAGAACAGGCCUCUGAGUGCCGGCAGCAUCUACCAGAAGCGACCGGUGCUGGGGGACGUCGUGUCUAAGCCGGUGCUGGUUUGCCUGAUGCAUAUAGCACACCUGUAUGGAGAGCCUGUCCUCACCUACCUGUACCUGCCAUAUCUCAGCUACUUGGUGACCCCGAGCAUCGGGGCAGGCGCUGGCCGGCUAAACAGCCGCAAGGAAGCUGGCCUUUUGGCUGCCGUGACGCUGACCCAGAAGAUUGUCGUCUACCUCUCAGACACUACGCUGAUGGACAUCCUUCCCAAGAUCAGCCAGGAAAUCCUGCUGCCUGUUCUUGGCUUCCUCACUUCGCCAACCAUCAGUUUUCCUAGUGGGGUCCAGGCUCGGAUGAUCUUGUGUAUCAAGGCUAUCAGCCUUGUGGCGCUAGUGGCUUUGCGGAUCGGGUCGGAAAUGGUGCAGCAACACCUGAGCAGCACCCUCCGGAUGUUCUUUGAAGCGUUUUCACUGUCACUGGCAGAGCAGGUGAAUCAGUUGUAACAGCAGGAGAUCUCCAUAGCAAACGUUGGUAGGCUGACCGGCUUGCUUCCUUCCCAGGGACUGCCCGUGGAGUCGGCUGUGAGCCCGGGGGGGCCGCUGCCUCACGACCCGUCCGCUCUGGAGGAGCUGCAGAAAGUCUUCAACCCGGAGAUGGCAUACUCCACCUUCGUGCCCUUUUCUUGCCUGCUAGGAGAUGUUAUUCACGCCGUGGUCCCAAAUCAUGAGUUGGUUGGCCAUCUGGCCAGCGUGUACUUGGCGAGCAUCCCAUCCAGCGGGGAUCCUGGACCGGGCGUGGCUUCCUCGGAGCGCAACCCUCUGGGCACAGACCCCUUCUCCAGCUCUAGUGAGGACCCUCACUCAGGCACCUUUGGGAGCGUGCUGGUGGGCAACCGCAUCCAGAUCCCCACGGAAGCCCAAUGGGAGGACUCCGACAGUCCUGGCGGCUUCUCUCUCGCCACGGGCGGCAAGGAGGAGAGCGCCCUGAAGCAGGAGCUGCCGCGCAGUGCCCACCUGCUGUGCGGCAACUGGCUGGCUUACUGGCAGUACGAGAUCGGCGUGAGCCAGUACGACGCCCGCUUCCACUUCCACCAGAUCAAGCUGCAGAGUUUCGUGGGCCACCUGGGGGCCAUCAAAUGCAUGGCCCCGCUGGGCGGGGAGGACUUCUUCCUGAGCGGCAGCAAAGACAAGACGGUCUGCCUGUGGCCUCUCUACAACCGGGGCGACGGCACCCACGAGACCAGUCCUCGGCUGACCUAUGCCCAGCACAGGAAGUCGGUCUUCUAUGUGGGCAUGCUGGAAGCGCCGCAGUAUGUGGUCAGUUGCGACAGCGCCAUCCAUGUCUGGGACCCCUUCACGGGAAAGCUCAUCCACGGCUUUGAGGCGCCAGACAGCAAAGUGCCCAUCACGGCCGUGAGCACCAUGCCGCCCCCCUACAGCAGCGUGGCCAUGGCCAGUGCGGAUUCGGUCUUGCGGUUCAUCGACCACCGGAAACCAGGAUUGCAGCAUGAAUUCCGGCUGGCCACGGGGGCAAACGCUGGCCUCAUCCGUUGCCUGGCUGUCAGUCCCAGUGGGCGGAGCAUAGUGGCCGGCUUCUCUUCCGGCUUUAUGGUCCUGUUGGACACCAGGACGGGCCUCAUCCUGCGGGGCUGGCCGGCGCAUGAAGGAGACAUUUUGCAGAUUAAGGCCACAGAGGGUAACACGCUCAUCAGUUCCUCCUCUGACCACUCGCUGACCGUCUGGAAGGAGCUGGAGCAGAAGCCGCUGCAGACUUACAAGUCCACCUCCGAGCCGAUCCAUGCCUUCGACCUCUAUGGCAACGAGGUGGUGGCCGGCACUGUGGCGAACAAGAUCGGCGUCUACUCACUCCAGGAGUCCUUGCCCCCCAGCGUCACCAAGCUCAGCUCUGAGAACUUCCGGGGCACCUUGACCAGCCUGGCCGUUCUUCCCACCAAGUGCCAUCUGUUGCUGGGCUCGGACAAUGGGACGGUUCGCCUCCUGGCGUAGCCCUUCUCCGCUUGGCGUCUGUGACGGAUUUCCUUUUAGGGACUGUAGCAGAGCCUGUGGCCAACGUGCGGGAGAGC